UUGGACCUCAUCUCUCAUGUCAACUACCCUUCUUGAGUUAACUCUUUCUCUGUCAACUACCCAUUCUCCUUCUAAAACUAGCAAUUCAAUUCCCCCUUUGUUUCCUCGAAUCACCCUUAGCUACCUUUCCUCCUAAUUCUACUUUAUAUACAGAGACCUAUCAUUCCUCCCACACUUGUUUCCAAAAAAAUUUACUAAAAAUUCGACUUUAAAAUACUUUUGUGCAGUUAGCCUUUUUAAGAACCCUAAUGGCUGAUUUGGGUAACUCAACGAUUUCUGAUAAAAUUGAUGCAUCUGUGGACUCUAGAGAAGAGGUAGCUGCAGAAAGUACCUGUCAAAAUCCUAAGCCAGAUAUUACUGAAGAUGAGAAAACCCUAAUUACUAGGAUGUAUAAUUUAGUUGGAGAAAGGUGGUCAUUGAUUGCUGGAAGAAUUCCCGGAAGAACUGCUGAGGAAAUUGAGAAGUAUUGGAGCUCAAGAUACUCCUCUACUAACCAAUAAGAUGAAAUAUCAAUCUUUGAUCGAUAAUUGACUCCAAUUAAUAGAGGAUUAUCAACAAAAACUUGUAAAGUCGUUAUGUAUUGUUAUUUUCUGUUUGGGCUAAGGAUUUUUGUCGUGUAAUUGUCAUUUACUAGUUGCAUUGAAAUUUGUGUUCAACCAUAAGUGCAUAAAUUAUUACUUAAAAGUAAUUUUCAGUCUCA